CAUGCGCGCGCUGAGGUGGGGAAGUGAGGGGCGGUUUCCCGCCCAGCGCCUGAGGGGAUGUGGGGGGGCGGCCCUCAGGGGAGAGACCCUGAGGGGAUACAGGCAUGGUGGGGGGCUUGUGGAGGUUCCCCCCGACCAAACAGUCCCUGACACCCAUCGCUGUGUUCCUCUGGGACGCGGGGGUUUUGCUGGUGGUGGGUGCUCCCGGGGUGGUUGUCCUCAGUUUCCUCAGUUUAAUCGCGAAACUGAAGUGUUGAGGCGGGGCUGGUGCUUGCUACGGUACAUUAGCACUUGCAAUCGUUUUGCUGGUUCCUGCAGUAACACCAACCUUUCCCUGGGAGUAGAAGAGAGCCCUGUGUCCAAGCCAUGCCAAUUUAUACCACAUGGCAUCAUACAACAAGCGACCAUAGUGUCGAUCAGCCGUUGUAGGAUUUCUACUCUUCAGUUAAUACUACAUCACAGUUCCUGUCCUGUUGACCUUCAUCAGGGCCAAGCAACUGGAGACUUAAGCUAUAACAAGACUGCAAAAAAAGGUCUGGAGCAAGAAGACGUGAUGUAUUCCUCUUUCACUUUUCUGCCAGGCAAUUUCGAAGGCCAGUUUAAUAUUCCUGAAAGCCAAGAUGCACGGACUGACUCAGAUUUGGCAUUGUAAGGUCAUGCGUUGUCAGCACGCCUCAGUCCUGAGCACAAGCAUCCUUGGUAAUCCUGCAUUGCCCAAGCAGAAACUACUAGUCAUGCCAACUCCCUGCCAGUCAAAAUAUUUGUGAGUUUAACAAUGGUAAAUACAUAAACAUGCAAAAUGAAAUAACAACGGUGAAUGACUUGGAAAGAGAAUAUCCCCAGGUGGCUGGAGCUACACCUGAUAAACCUGAGCUUCCUCAUUAUUAACACUGUGUUCUCAGCCUGUUGUGUCUCCAGGUUUCCUAGCUAAGACUAGUUACCCUUCUAGCCCUGAGCUGGGCCACCUUCCUCUACCCCUUUCCUCUUAAUUUCCAUGAAAUUCCUGUGACUUGGGAAGGAUAAAAAAUGGAAAGGGGCACUGGUCAAUCCUGAGAGCAAAACAUACCUCUCUUCAGCUCCAACAAACUCUCCAACUCCCCUGGUGAUCACAGUAACAACAAACCCUCAUCUCUUCUAUUUGAGUAACGCAUUUUAUUUAUUCCAUCCUGUUUCUUUGCUUACUGUAAACUCCAUCCUUGGUUGAUGUUUUGUAUUCCAUCAAAGCUAGUAUAGUUCAUCUCCGCUAUGCUUUUACCUGUGUGUAGCUUCCUUUCUUCCCCUUUUUCAGCCUCAGUUUAUUAAAUUUAGCCAAGUGAUCCACAGCACCUUGUAAGGUCUGAGAACACCAUUCUAAUCUGAGAAGUUUUUCUCCCUGAAGCUGUGUGUAAUGACAGUAAAUAGUACAUCAUUACAAAUUUUACUGAUAAAAAGCUCUCAAUUGACGAAAGAACACGAAUUGACUGUGAAUUGCCCUGUUAAUCUCACUGGUAGGUGGUAAUGCCAAAACUCCAUGGCAUUUCAGCUGGAACUGGAGUCUUAGUGACAUAACAUCCAGUUUUCUAUUUGAUAUAUGCAGCAUUAGUGGUAACUGGUGAGUACAUUCGCUAACAAAAUAACCCCCUCCUCUUGUUAGCCUCAGAGUACACAGUGUCCAGUACAUUUUAUGGCAUGUCUGUUGUACAGAUGCUGCACACGUGCAGCUGUUGGAAGCCCAAGCCAACAAAUGCUGAAAGCCUUGCUAAAAGCUGGCCUGGGCUGCCCAAGUUCAUGCUGUGCUUGAGCUGUGUUGGCUGAAUAACUGACUGAAUUUCCCUCAUAGGCAGCAAGUGCAUCCAAAAGCCGUCAUUCUUACGUUCAAAGGCAGAAGCUAGUACUAACUGUACUCGCUACUGUGGUACACAGAGAUACACCCUCUGGAGUACGGAUCUAGAACAAGCAUAAUAUUAAUUUGUGCGCUUCACUGGUGUGGUUUUCCUCCUUGGAUUAUGAACUGAAAAGAUCAAUGAAAUUAUGGCUGUUAUUUUCAUUGGAAUAAUAAUUGCUCCGUAAUUAAAUAACAAUAUCAGGUGUGUUAUCAGAGAGGAGAACUGGUUUCAGAAAACUGUCAUUACCUUGAGCAAUUAAAUUUUUUAAAUUCCAUAAUGAAUGUAUAUGCAGGGUCUGUUACAAUCGUGUUUGAACUCAGUUGCACAGGACGAGAGAGAGAAAUGUGCCACCUUCUCAAAGGGUGUCUUUCCUUCACAGAAUCAGUGGUCCAAUGCUUUGGACAUUGUACAGGAAGUCUAAUGUUGAUUUCCAUUUUACUCUCAAAAAUAAUCUUUCCAAUAUCUGUCUGAACUUCCUCAGAAUAAUGUUUAUUUCAGAAACAUCGCCUUCCAGGGCACCAAAAUUACAAUAUAAACUAGUCUCAACAGCGUACCAGUGUUUAAUCUACGAGGCCUGUGUUGCAGUUGAUUCUAGAUGUAGCUCAACGUACGUUUUCAUAAGCUGCUCUCUGUCCUGACUGUAGUUACACUUCCCUUAAAUAAUGGCCUAUAUUACAAGGGAAAAUAAUUCAUAUUCAUGCUUCUAGUAGUCAAAACAACUUCAAUGGUGCAGCUACUGCUGUUCUAAUUUUUUGGCAGCGUUCCAUUGGAGACAGUAGGCAAAUGUACCAAAAUCUACCAAGAGUUACUCAUGUAUAGAUAAUAGAGCGAGCGAAAGAAUUCCACAAUAAAGGUGUGUACGUUGCAGUAGCCUUGAGAUAGGGCUGACUUCUUUCGAAACAAGUUCUUCUGGUUUUAUGUGACUAUUUAAUACACUUCUGUGUUCAAGAAAAUAACUCUUGCUCGUACUCUGUACUGUGAAACCAGUAUAGCAGGAGGCACCACGGGCUGGUGCACAGCUCAGGAGACAGGAGAUAUCUCUUGUAUCUGCGUAAAAGAUUUUCAACUCUCACUUCCCCGUCUGUGAAGUGUUACAGAUACUACUACAGAUUUUGCUAGUUGAGCAGUUUUGUUUUGUUUUGUUUUGCUUUUAACUGAAAUGCACUUUCUUCGAAGUGUGAAGUAUCGUUAACAGGCAAGUCAUAAGUAUUAGGUGAACAAACCCAUUUUCUUAUGAGUGUAAAUGAUACAAGCGAACAGGCUUCUGGGCAGUGCCGCUGAAUGCAAAUGCUUGCCUUUUGUUCAUAUGUUUUAAAUGUAAAUGCUUUCUACAUUAUCAUCCAAAAGAAAAAUAUAUAUACACAUACAUAUUCCUUUUAGAGAGGAAAGACUAUGAUGUUAAAAAAAAAAAAAAAGGGCAGAGUAUCUGUAACGUCUUUCUAUUUACUGUAUUUCUAUGCCUUCUUUUGCCCCAAAAGAUUCUGCAGUGUUCAGUGGCUUGCAGGCACAAAGAUAAAUUCAAUUAGCCUGAAAACCAGCUACAUCUAAAAUGAAAAGAGAACCACAAUAAGAUUUUUAGGUGCAAGAGUGACUAACCAUUUGUCCACUUUAAACUACCAAGGCAUAUAUUUGAAGUAGGAAUGCUACUAGCAAAGCAUAGUUUACUGUGGAGUGAAACCACGUCCAAACAGGUGCUAGCAGUCAGAGUAUAACACUUACCUGUGGAUCCAAAUCAAAUCGAGUCUUCUUUUUGUGAUGAGAUUGUGAAUUGUACUUUUUUGUGUUUGUAAUUAAGGGGUGGAACAGAUGGCAAGGAAUUAAAGAGCUGCAUCCAUUAAAUUAACAUAGAGAAUGUUUCCACAGUAUAAUUUAAUAUAAUAGGAUUUUGCUUCAGUGAAAUAAAACUAUAGAGUCUGGUG